CUUCGAACUGGCCAUGCCCCGCUGAACAAACAUCUCAACAGAAUCAACAGGUCUACUACCCCAAAGUGCCCCAGAUGCGAUAGAGAAGAAACCACUCACCACUUCCUAAUAGCAUGCCCAGCAUACGCGAGACUCAGAAUCGCGCUCAUAGAUGAAGUCGGAACACGCGCACGAGACCUGAAAUACCUACUCAACCACCCAAAAUGCAUCAAACCCACACUCAGAUUCAUAGCCAAGUCCAAACGCCUAGAGACAAUAUUCGGAGACGUAACCCCGCCGGUCGAUGACGAAGAAGAGGAGGAAUAAAGAACGAGAGGAAAAAAAAAAAAAAAAAGAAAUAGUAUACGAGAGAAACAGAGACGAGCGCUCCAGGCACAGAACUUUCCCCAACCCAUAUC